AUGCACCUCGAGGCCCUGCCCACACUCCUGGAUUUGGCCGUGCAGAACCUGCUGAGGGCUGAAGCCUUGGCCGCGUCCGCUCUGGAGGACCUGCCUGGGGAGCUCUUCCCACCGCCGUUCAAGGAGGCCUUCGCCUGCAGAAAGAGCCGCAUCCUGAGGGCCACAGUAGCAGCCUGGCCCUUCCCUUGCAUCCCUCUGGAGUCCCUGAUGCAGACAGAUGACCUGGAGACCUUAAAGGUUGCUCUCGAUGGACUUGAUGACCUGCUUAAGAUGAAGGUUUGCCCCAGGAGGUGCAAACUACAAGGGCUGGAUUUGCGGAAUGUGCACCAGAACUUCUGGAAGGCUCCCCUUUCUGGAGGAACACCAAGCCUACCUGUGCGGUGGGCCUGGCAGAGAAAAAGCUCCCUCCAGCUGCACUGUAAGAAGAUGGAGAUCUGGGCCCUGCCCGUCAACACUGUCGUCGAGAUCCUGAAAAUUUUCCAGCCAGACUCCAUCGAGGAGCUGGAACUGAAUGCGCUGUGGGAGCUGGAAGCCCUGGCCUGCUUCACACCUUACCUGGGCCAGAUGAGAAAUCUGCGCAGAUUCCUUCUCGCUGGAGUCUACAAGACUGUCCCCAUCUGGGGAGAGCUUUCGCCAGAAAUGGAGAACUUUGGCACCCAAUUCUUCUCUCAGUCCUCCAAACUCAGAAGACUCCAGGUUCUCUCCAUGAAUGGUGUCUACUUUCUCAAGGGUCACCUGAAAGAGGUGCUCAGCUCUUUGAAGAUCCCUGUAGCAGACAGCUUCAGAACCACCACAACCCCCUUGGAGAUGCUGCAGAUCACUCAGUGCAGUCUUUCACAAGCAGACUUGAAUUAUCUGUCCCAGUGGCCGGUCACCAUCCAGCAUCUGAAACACCUGGGCCUCAGUGGUGUUCUGUUAUUCCACGUAUGUGCAAGGCCCCUUCGAAUCCUCCUAGAGACCGUCUCAGCCACUCUGGAGACCCUGAAGUUGGAGGACUGUAGGAUGGGACACUCCCAGGUCCGUGUCCUGCCGCCUGUCCUGACCCGAUGCUUCCAGCUCACCACAAUCAAUUUCUUAGAAAACGACGUGGCUGCGCCUGUCCUGAAAGGCCUGUUGCACCUCACCUGCAGCCUGAGACAGCUGACCCUGGAGCUGUACCCUGCCCCCCGGGAAGUCCAUGAUAGCAUGGGUGGUGUUGAUUUGGAGCUGUUUGUCCAUCUUUGCCCUCAGCUCAUGGAUACACUGAAGGCCAUCAGGCAGCCCAAGUCAGCGUGCUUUGCUGCCGACCCCUGCCGGGAACGCUUGGACAGAUGGACCUAUAACCAGGAAACCAAAUUAUGUAUCUCUUGGAAGUCUGGGCUCUGA